AUGACGUGCCAAAGAGAUGGACGGCACUGCGAGUACUUCCAUCAUCUUGAGAAGCGAAAGCCACCCACCAAGUGUUAUAUCCAUGCGCUGCACUCGAGAAUCGCCCUCCUGGAAACUCGACUCGCACAGUCUGGGCACGCCAUAGAAAAUGGUCCUAUAUCAUUGCUCAACUCUGGGCUGCCAGUGGACGAACUACCUCACUCUCAAUCAGUUUCCAAAGAGGCCUCCCACCUGCUGCGAAAUCCACGCUUCACUGGAGCGUACGGUCAUCCUAGCUUCUCAAACGACUACACCAAGUCGCAGAAUAUCAAUGAGCCUCCUAUCCCCAGCGAUUCACUGUUGGUAUUCCAACCAGAAACACAAGCCGGACUUUUGGAAGAGUUCUGGACCUGGCAGAGCAACUGGCCUCUUCUAGUCCAUCGACUUCUCUUCGAAAAGGAUCUCGCUGAAAACGGAGCCAACGGCUACACUACGCCUGCAGUUCUAUCAGCAGUUCUGUCUUUGGGUGCCCAAUAUUUUGAUGAAGAUCAAUCCUCAUCAUGGAAGACCUCGGCUGAUUCGCUUGCACAGCAUGUAAAGGGUUUGGUUCUUGGUCAAAUAGAACGGCCUUCUCUUUCGCUUGCUUUGGCGGCAGCUCUUGUUUCUCUCAGAGACGUAACAGUUGGCAAUCUAGCUUCCGCCUCUCAGUACAUUGGUAUUGCUUGCCGACAUGCUCUGUUUCUUGGUCUUCAUUUGGAAAGCUCCGGCGAUAGCUCCGACUUCAGCGACGUUAAAGAAGCUCGAACGCUCAUGUGGCUAGGUACCUGGAUGCUAGAGAAGUAUUCAUUUCCUGCAGUUACUUUCAGGCGAGUAUUGAUUGACAAUUACAGGCACAUCACCCGAAUUCUCGGUCAGCCGAGCGCUAUCCGCGAAUGUGAUAUACACCCAUUUUCAGUCCCGAAUAUUCCCAGCUUAGAGUACCGGCCGGCCUUUAUUAACCCCUUAGCCAUGACAUCUCAUUGCAUGUCCAAUAUGCAAUAUGCCUGCGAUCUACUUCGCAUGGUAUCGCCAGUGAUCGACGAAAUAUAUGAACUGUCAGGUUCCUUAACCUUACAAGUCAAGGAAGAUAAAGCAACUAAGGCUCACGUUGCCAUGUCUGUCUUCUACAACAACUUGCCUAGUCCUCUCAGGUUGCCAGCAACAAGCACCAAGCCACUCCCUCCUCAUGUUUACCAGCUCAACUUAGUGGCAAGGGUAGAAGAAGCCAGCUGUCGGCGAGUGAUGGAAGUGAGGCUGAGCUACGCUACUACCCCGCCUAUUCAGCCUUGUGAUGGCAGCAGUACUAAGCCGGUCAUCGCAGAGAUAAUUUAUCUCACGUACGGACAGUUACAAAGGUUAAAGGCUUUUCAAUUGCAAAGUUCAACUACGGCUUUGCGAGAGUUCUUGGAACGAGACGAGCUUGGUAUUGGCAAACUCGAAGGAACAAUUCCUGUAGCACGCGGGUCUCAGGAUUCCGAGCAAAUUGUCCUGCUUGAUGAGCGUCCCCUGAAUACCUUCAACUCUCGCUACUGGGCGGAGUAUACACAGUAUCCGCCCGAGGGGGAGUCGAUUCGUCUGGAGGCUCUUACUGCAAAGGAUUUGUACGAUGCACUUGAAGAAGAACGGCUGCAAUUGGGAAAAGGUCCUCCAGAGCGCAAAAGCAUGUGA